AUGGUGCAUCCGCUUCACACGAAGACUCCUGGGCGACAUCCUUGGGGACGACCGGUGCGGAAAAGGGCAUGGCAGGGUUUGAGAAAGGAGCUUCUGCCGCGGCUCAUUAGCAUCAAGGGGCAUGUUUCGCUGGCAGCCAGAAAGAAAACUGCGAAAUUCUACAAAGAUCUUGACGCGAAAGUCAGCGCGACUGUGCCACUACCAGAACAUGGGGUCUACACGGUUUUCGUUGAGCUGCCGCCCGACACAAAACUUGAACUUUUGUUGCCGCUGGGUGAUAAGAGUCCUAUUCAGGCUUUCUUGAACAAGAAUAAGAGUGGUGGUAUGCAUCACAUCUGCAUCGGU